AUGGGCAGCGCUGCGUCGUCCAGCAGCAAUGGUGACGGCGGCAAGCCGCGAGCCGUGAUGGUGUGUCAUUCUUCCCAGGAAUCUUCGUUGAGAGCGCUUCUUACUGCGGCGUGCACCGCAGGAGGCGACAGUAUCAACGUCGACAACGUCGUGAUCGUCACGGACUCGUACCCGCGCGACCGCCAGCACCGAGCAGAGCUCAUCUCUCGAGCGCAAGCAGCUUUCGUAGCCAUCGACCCGAUGCUCCAGCGCAGCUCCGAGCUUAUCGAGACAUUGUCGUACCUCAAAGACCAGCGCAAGACUGUCGUCUCCGGCCCACUGACCUUCUUCUCACGACCGUCGGGGGCUAUCGGAGCCGUGUGUCUCGCGCUCAGUCAAUGGGACCCACUGCUAUUCGCCGAGUCUGAGCAGUUUGCGAAUUGGGCAGAGAAGUACGAGCUUCUGACGGCGGAUGCAGUAGCCGAAGGGAGCAAACCACUCGAGAGUGUUGAAGUCGCGGACGCAACUGACACUCCGUCGUCUCCAAGGAUCUUCUUCGCGUACUGCAAAGACGCCGAAGGAGGUGCUGAGCCCAUAGUCGACCAGUUUGCUCAUAACAACGGCGUUCCUGGCGGGGCAUCGCUCUCUGGGGAGGUUAUACGCUGCCAACACAGUCUGGAGACCGACCUGGCUGCACUUCGAGCUGCUAACGUCGUAGUCUUCGUCAUCACGGAAGCGUGUACAGGCUGUGACGACGGAGCGCUCGCCUUCCGACAGUUAUUUGAGCACGCGCUGGCAUGGGGCAAGCCGCUGCUCCCCAUUAAAGAGCAGCGCGCACCACUCAGCGGCUGGAUAGCACUCGCCAUGGCGGGACGACUCUGGUACCAAGUCGACGCGACGAACCUCGAGCUUGUGGAAACCCCCUACGCGAACAUCCCGGAUUGUCCGUGCAAAGUCAAGGACUCUUGCCUAGCCACGGACUUCGUAGUGUGCGCGAACGGACAGCUAGCAACCCCGCAGAGAGCGCUGGAGCGGUCCCAGAUCGCGUCGCGUGAGGAAGCGACGAUGCGCAUCGCCAAAGAGCGCGCUCAGGUGCUUGGACUCAGUGCUGGUACGCUUGAAUCGCUAUGCAAAAGAGUGGAAGAGCUCGUGAACGGCGACGGCAACAGCUUAGCGGAGUUGCACGACGCUCUGGGGGUUGCCACAGCCCGAGAAGCGGUCGAGAAGGAGGCGACAGACCCACUAGACCAGCCCAAACCUGAAGAUCUGCUGCCAGAUGAGGAGACCGAAGAGAGUAAGGCGCUGCAUCCGCUCUCAUCGAUCAAGUACGAGGUCACACGCUUGAGUUUCGAUCCUCCCCCUGCAGUACUGGACAACGACGGACUGCCGAUUGUCGGUCUCCAGCUGGACGCCAUGUUCUCGUAUCAAUGGGGCUCGCAACGCACAGUGCUGGGCAUCCACCAGCAAGGCCAGGUGUUCAAUCUACGAGCUUGGUUCGACGUGUACGGCCACAUGCAGGGCAACGUGAACUCAGCGAUGGCUGCGGCCGUAGAGAGUGUGGCGUGUAUGGUGGUCUUCCUCACCAAAGCGUACCUGGCAUCCGUCAACUGUCGGCUAGAGUUCGCGUACGCUGCUCGGUGCCGAAAGCCCAUGAUCUUCGCGUUCCUGGAGGACCCAGCAACGCUGGAGCUACCCGCGUGGAUCACUGACGUAGCAGGAACCACGCACUUCAACGUGUAUCCGAGCUUGAUCCGCGAGACUGUCGAUCAGCCGAGCCGGGUACUAGCUCUGGAUAUGAACGCCGAUCGGGUCCGCGGUGUACCGAUGACUGACGUGCUGUUCGGAGCCAUUCGACGUCUGGCAGCUUGGCGCACGAACGCGCCAUUGCCGAUAGUGUACGACGGCAGUCUCCUUCUGUACGCCACAACCAGCGCGCUUCAUCACGCGAUAGCUGGAACAGCACCGGGAAGUGAAGGCGGCGAUUGCCCGAAGCCCACGUUGUGCACGCGCUGCGGAGCGGCCUUCUCCCCGGGCAUUACUGCAAGUCUUGAAGGAUGUCGACGUCACACGGCGUACUACGUGGGCGGGUCGUUGAUAGCUGGUAGGUGGGUCUGCUGUCAGGAGACUCGAACUGAUGGACCUGGAUGUUCCCCAGCGCAGCACAUGACAGCCGAGCGUAGUUGGACGCAGGACCCUUCCUACGGCACGUACACGUAUGAACCCAAUCCGUAG